AUGGACCCAUACAUGAUUCAGUUGCACGACCAUGGCAACCUCCCCUCAGUGCUGGAUGUGCAUGUCAACAUUCCUGGGAGAAGCUCUGUGCCGGGAAAAAUGAAAGGCAGGAAGGCCAGAUGGUCCGUGAGGCCCUCGGACAUGUCCAACAAAACUUUCAAUCCCAUCCGAGCCAUUGUGGACAGCAUGAAGGUGAAGCCAAAUCCAAACAAGACCAUGAUUGCUCUGUCAAUUGGGGACCCUACUGUGUUUGGAAACCUGCCUACAGAUCCUGAAGUUACCCGAGCAAUAAAAGAUGCCCUUGAGUCUGGGAAGUAUAAUGGCUAUGCCCCCUCCACUGGCUACUUAUCGAGUCGGGAGGAGGUUGCUUCUUAUUACCACUGUCCUGAGGCACCCCUGGAAGCUAAGGAUGUCAUUCUAACAAGUGGCUGCAGUCAGGCUAUUGAACUUUGUUUAGCUGUGCUGGCCAACCCAGGGCAAAACAUCCUAGUUCCCAGACCUGGCUUCUCUCUCUACAGGACUCUGGCUGAAUCUAUGGGAAUCGAGGUCAAACCCUACAAUUUAUUGCCAGAGAAGUUUUGGGAAAUUGACCUGAAACAACUGGAAUCUCUGAUUGAUGAAAAGACAGCUUGCCUUGUUGUCAAUAAUCCAUCAAACCCUUGUGGGUCAGUGUUCAGUAGAAGUCAUCUCCAGAAAAUUUUGGCAGUGGCUGCAAGGCAGUGUGUCCCCAUCUUAGCUGAUGAGAUCUAUGGAGACAUGGUGUUUUCAGAUUCCAAAUUUGAACCUCUAGCCACCCUCAGUAGCAACGUCCCCAUCCUGUCCUGUGGAGGGCUAGCCAAGCGCUGGCUGGUUCCUGGCUGGAGGAUGGGCUGGAUCCUCAUCCAUGACCGAAGAGAUAUUUUUGGCAAUGAGAUCCGAGAUGGGCUGGUGAAGCUGAGUCAGCGGAUCCUGGGACCCUGCACCCUUGUCCAGGGAGCUCUGAAAAGCAUCCUGCAUCGCACCCCUCAAGAGUUCUACCACAACACUCUAAGCUUCCUCAAGUCCAAUGCGGAUCUCUGCUAUGGGGCAUUGGCUGCCAUCCCUGGACUCCGGCCCAUCCGCCCUUCUGGGGCCAUGUACCUCAUGGUUGGAAUUGAGAUGGAACAUUUCCCGGAAUUUGAGAAUGAUGUGGAAUUCACUGAGCAGUUAGUUGCUGAGCAAUCCGUCCACUGCCUCCCGGCAACAUGCUUCGAGUACCCACAUUUCUUCCGAGUGGUGAUCACAAUCCCUGAAGUGAUGAUGCUGGAGGCGUGUAGCCGGAUCCAGGAGUUCUGUGAGCAGCACUACCAUUGUGCUGAAGGGAGCCAGGAGGAAUGUGACAAAUAG